AUGGCUGCACAAACCUCUCUUCAAGGCCCUGCUUUCAACCCAAAGUUGGAAUUGCAGGGUCAUGUGGGAACGGUAUUUACACUGAUUGCUAUGGAAGAGACAUCUCACUAUCUCCGAUUGUCCAAAGUUGAUAAUUUACGUGCAGACUCUCUGCCAACCAUCUCCAUAGCCUCAGAUUCUACUAUUUCUAAUGGCUCUGGAACGAAGCUGAAACUUAAGGAAAGCAGUUCUCCUCCAGUGUGCACUCCGAAUGCAAGGGGCCCAGAAGCAAAGCUGGAGGUGAGACCUGAAGAGAGCUGGAACCAUGCUGACCUCGUGCGCUGCAAAGGAGCAGACUCCACUCCUGGAAAGCCAGCCAUCAAUGCCCAUGAGAGAGAUGGGGGUCCCCAAAUCUGCCGUGUAUGUGGGGACAAGGCCACUGGUUAUCACUUCAACGUCAUGACAUGUGAAGGAUGCAAAGGCUUUUUCAGGAGGGCCAUGAAACGCAACGCCCGCCUGAGGUGCCCCUUCCGGAAGGGCACCUGCGAGAUCACUCGGAAGACCCGGCGACAGUGCCAGGCCUGCCGCCUGCGCAAGUGCCUGGAGAGCGGCAUGAAGAAGGAGAUGAUCAUGUCCGACGCGGCCGUGGAGCAGAGGCGGGCCUUGAUCAGGAGGAAGAAGAGGGAACGGAUUGGGACUCAGCCCCCUGGAGCCAAGGGUCUGACCGAAGAGCAGUGGAUGAUGAUCAGGGAGCUGAUGGAUGCUCAGAAGAAAACCUUUGACAUCACCUUCUCCCAUUUCAAGAAUUUCCGGCUGCCCGAGGUGCUUAGCAGUGGCUGUGAGAUUCCAGAGUCUUUGCAGGCUCCAUCACAGGAAGAGGCUGCCAGGUGGAGCCAGAUCAGGAAAGAUCUGUGUUCCGUGAAACUCUCUCUGCAGCUGCGGGGGGAGGAUGGCAGCAUCUGGAACUACAAACCCCCAGCCGAAGGCAGUGGGAAAGAGAUCUUUUCCCUGCUGCCCCACAUAGCUGACUUGUCCACCUACAUGUUCAAAGGCAUCAUCAACUUUGCGAAAGUCAUCUCCCACUUCAGGGACUUGCCCAUCGAGGACCAGAUCUCCCUGCUGAAGGGGGCUACCUUUGAGCUGUGCCAACUGAGAUGCAACACGGUGUUCAAUGCAGAGACUGGGACCUGGGAGUGUGGUCGGCUGUCCUACUGCCUGGAAGACCCUGCAGGGGGCAUCCAGCAGCUUCUCCUGGAGCCGCUGCUGAAAUUCCACUACAUGCUGAAGAAGCUGCAGCUGCACAAGGAGGAGUAUGUGCUAAUGCAGGCCAUCUCCCUCUUCUCCCCAGAUCGUCCAGGUGUGGUGCAGCGCAGGGUAGUGGACCAGCUGCAGGAGCAAUUCGCUGUCACCUUGAAGGUCUACAUCGAAUGCAAUCGGCCCCAGCCAGCCCACCGGUUCCUGUUUCUGAAGAUCAUGGCUAUACUCACCGAGCUUCGCAGCAUCAACGCCGAGCACACCCAGCGGCUGCUGCGCAUCCAGGACAUACACCCCUUUGCUACCCCCCUCAUGCGGGAGUUGUUCAACAUCACAGAUGGCUGAGCAGCGGCCCCUGGGCUAGCCCCCAUGGGGGCAGCCAGAGCCAGAGCCCUUGGAGCCGCCACUCCUGGGGCUAGAAAGAUGGACUCCACUGAGAGCCGACAGUGCCCGACAGGUCCUGCCUCUCCAGGGAACACACAAUGACAGCUCUGAGGAUGCUGGCUAGUAUUCAUCAGGAGGGAACAUGGGUCCUCUCAGCCCCCAGCUCAGUCUGUGGAGAAUGAAGCCAUUGACCCUUAAAUGGAGAGUGCACUGGCCUAUAGGUCAGGCCCAUUGAGAGGCAAGGCCACCCUUCCCUUAGAAGGCCCAGUGGUCUGGGGAUCUAGUGUUAUGGUGAGAGAGGGGAAAGGGUGACUGGGGGUGGGCCAUCGAGGGUCUGUGCCCAUACCCGAGUUCAUUAGCUUCUUGGGUGUUUUCACUGCUACCUCUAGCACCCUUGUCUCCCACUUCUCACUCAUUCCCAACCCACAGCCUCCUGUCCUGAGCUGCUCUGAGUUCCAGGCCUGUGUCCAUCAGCAGAUGCAUUAGUGACUGUGGGAGUAUUCUCGAGAGAAGCCAGAAGCCUGCACCAAAUGUCAGAAGCUGCUCAGGACUUCCCUAUCUUUUUAUUCUUCCCUCCUCCUGACACCUCAUUCUGUCUCUACAUCCAAACAUGUUAUUAAGCACCAAACAAUAAGCAACCUGCUGUGGGGUAACGCUGACUCAGAAAUGGAUCCUGACUUUCAAGUUUAUGGUUCAGUAAAGAAAACAAAGCAGAAACACACAUAACUUUGAUCAAAAGAAGUGAUGUGGCGUAAGCAGCAUAAAGGAUGUCUUUGUGUGGAUGCUGAGCUACGCUGGGGUUGUGUGUGCACUCAGGACCCAAGAGAGGGAUCCCUGGAACCUGUGCCCGAGGCAGGGAGGGCACUAGCUGGCUGUGUGCACGUGUGUGUGUCUGCUCCACAUCUGAGCUGGGGUGUGGGUUGCUCCCGAAGCUGGAACCCUGGGGUGCUCGCUGUGACAGGCUACGUUGCCAGGCAGUUAAUAAAUGCGCUGGAUAUGUGUGCACUGUA